AUGAAGCAAGUACAAGGAGCCCAUGACAUGGACAGGACACGGCCACUCCUUUUUGAGGGAAAGGCCUACAGGGAACUCAGGAAAGAGAGAGAGCCGCUGAUGGGCAACAGGAAGCAGAGUGACAUGUGUGGCCUGGCCCCUGGGGAGCAGAAUCGUGUGGGGAGCCCAUCAGGAGACACCGCGGGUACAAUUUUGGACACCUCCAUAUUUUGGGGAAAAUUUCUAUAUUAUAUUUUAGAAUCUUUAGUUUACAGGAUAAUUCCCAAGAAGAAAAAGAAUGUUGCUGGAAAGAUUGUCCUUAUAACAGGAGCUGGAAGUGGACUUGGGAGGUUAUUGGCCAUAACAUUUGCCAGCCUUGGAGCCAUUUUAGUUCUAUGGGACAUUAACGAAGAAGGCAACAUGGAAACGUGUCGAAUGAUCAAAGAAAAGGGUGAUGUGAAAGUAUUUGCCUACACAUGUAACUGUGGCAACAGGCAAGACAUCUACAGAGUUGCUGAUCAGCUCUUGGUAAUCACCACUCUGCUCUCUAUUUCUAUGAAUUUAGCUCUUUUACAUUCUCCGUACAAGUUGUAUCAUACAGUGUUUGUCCUUGAUUAUUUCCCUUUUCAUAAUGCCCUCAGGGAUCCACUUCUGCUGCCUAUACUGGAGGAGGAAUAUGUUGCCCCAAAAGUUUUAAAUGCUAUUUUAGAGGAACAGGUUUACUGGAUAAUGCCCACACUUUUGCAUGUUGUGUUGCUCCUUAAAGAAAUAAUAUCUCCAGACAUGAUGAUCACCCUUGCCGACAUUGGAAUGGACACCUCCGUGGCUUUGUUGACAGGUCAAGAGAAAACAGGUGAAGUUCACACUGAAAACGAGAGGAAACACCUAUAG